GAAUAGAAACACGCUCUUGCCCUCACUUAAGAUGGUCACCUUCUGCCUUUGUCCUCAUUGGUGAAUUGGCUAGCUCAGCUUCCGUGACCCGCCCCUCUUCUUCCUCUUGCCCGUAGUAGCCAUGGCGGCCAUGAGUCUGUUGCAGCGGGCUUCCGUUACGGCGGUGGCAGCUCUGUCUGGCCGCCGCCUCGGCACUCGACUCGGAUUUGGGGGCUUCCUCACUCGUGGCUUUCCGAAGGCUGUUGCUCCUGUUCGACACAGUGGAGGCCAUGGGAAAAGACUAUUUAUCAUCAAACCUACAGGAUUCUAUGACAAGCGUUUUUUGAAGUUAGCGAGAUUCUACGUUUUCUUGACUGGGAUUCCAGUGGCAAUUAUCAUAACUCUGGUGAAUAUAUUCAUUGGUCCAGCUGAACUAGCAGAAAUUCCAGAAGGCUAUAUCCCAGAACACUGGGAAUAUUUUCAGCAUCCCAUAUCAAGAUGGAUUGUCCGUACUUUCUAUGAUUGUCCUGAAAAGGAUUAUGAAAAAACAUUGGCCGUCCUUCAGAUUGAAACUGAAAAGGCUGAAUUACGGUUAAAGGAGAUGAAAAUACGAAACUUAAUGCGUUCGAGAGGAGAUGGGCCCUGGUAUCACUUUGACACAGUUGAUAAGGAACUUAUUGAUCAUUCUACAAAAGCAACUCCUGACAAUUAAGCAUUUUUUUCUCUAAAUACAAAGUAUAUUCUCUUUAUUGGAAAAUAAGUUAGUAAAUAUAUUCUGUAUUUUUGUUCUCCAUGAAAAAUAAAAGAGCUUCUGACAUUACCGUUUCCCAGUGUUGGUUCAGAUUAAAGCUUUUGUUUGGGGGUUUGGCUUCCAGUCCCUGAAGAAGGUUUAAAAUGUGCUAAUAAAAACUGGAGAGCUAGGAGUUUGUGAACUCCUAAAGCUGCAGCAACUUUGAAAGGGAGUGUUUCGUUUACCUGACAAAUGGAAGUUAUAGAAGUCUAAUUAUGUUAAGCACCAGUCAUUACAUUAUUUUGUACAACUGUCUGUACUGUAGACGUCUAUAUUGAAGGGCAACUUCGGAUUUUAAGUUCUAUAAAGUACUGAACCAACCCUGUAAAAUGUUAACUCCUUAAUAAACAGAUUUUCAGUAGACGAAUUUUAAAGUUUA